AUGCGAGCAACACCGUACGAACUGCACGUGCUCGCUACGCCAGCGUCGACCGCCCGCCCGAGUACCAACGACAUUUCGACAGCUCCAAACGACGACGACGAGAACAAGCUGCCGCCAACACCGUCGCUCGGGCUCAUUCUGGUCGCCAACUUUCUCUUCAACGUCUCGUUCUACAUCAUUGUGCCCACGGCCACAUUGUACGCGCGGAGCCUCGGGGCCACGGACCUCUACUCGGGCCUCGUGAUUGGCAGCAUCACGCUUACCUCGGCACUGUCGCUCGUGCCGCUCCAGCACGUGCUCUGCUUUCGCGACUACUACAUGCCGACGCUACACCUCGCUGCAAGUACGCUCGUGCUCGGUCACCUCUUGUACGCACUCGCGCAUGCGCUCGACUCGCUUGGGCUCCUGCUCGUCGGCCGGCUCGUCAACGGCCUUGGCUUCACGGGCUGGCUCUUUGUGAAGCGCUACUGUACCGACCCGCGACUUGUGGGCUACCGUCGCCGCACCAUGUGCGCCAACCUUCUCGUGGCAGCGCAGACGCUUGGUAUGGUCGGUGGGCCCCUGCUGGGCGCUUUCCUGGCAAAGUACGCGCCGGCGACCGGCCUGUGGAACGCUUUUACAGCGCCCGGGUGGCUCAUGGCGUUUGUCUGGCUCGUCUAUUGGCUCGUCGCUCGCAUUCUCUUUGUCGACGCGCCGCCGCGCACGCAAGGCGACUUGCACGACAUUGCACAGGCCAAACUAUCGCAUUUGGACCGUCGCCGCCGGUGGACCGUUCUGGCCAUGGCGCUCGGGUCGCUGACCAUUUUUUUCGAGCUCGGCGCAUGGGAAUCGAACAUUCCGGUUUUCAUUGACGCUGCGUGGGCGUGGACGAGCUUUGAUGCGGGCGUCUUGAUUGCGAUUGGUGGAUUUGCGAGCUUUGCACUGAUUUUACCGCUUUCGUUUUACACGAAGAGGUGUCCCGACCGCCUCGUGCUCGCGGCUGCGUUUGGGCUUGCGCUCGCCGGUACAAUCGUGCACCAAUGUACGCUGGUGCACCCGACGUCGGUAACACUCGGCCUCAGCUGGUUCCUCGUUUGCUGGGGCAUGAACCUCGGGUCCACGAUCACGCUCUCGCUUUUGACCAAAACACUGCCCGAUGCGCUCUCGGACAAGGCCGCGAUCGUCAUUCAGCUCUCCAACUACUCGGGUCGACUCACGGGCGCCAUGUGGGGCACCGCGGGCAGCGUCGUCGGCGGCGACUACGUCGUUGGGCUUGGGAACCUGGGCCUUUUGCUCGUGAGCACGGCGCUCUUGGUGCACGUAUGGCGUUCCCUGGACGCCCCCACAGGCUAA